AUGGCGGCGGCGGCGGCGGCGGCGGCGGCGGCGGCGGCUUGUCCCGACGGGGCGGGCGCGGGGGAGCAGCCGGGGGGCGCGGCGGGGCGGCGGCAGGCGCUGGGCCCCAGGUUUGUGUAUGAGAACAAGAAUAUGUCUUUUCCUAAAGUCUACAUCUUGCAGCCUUGGAUUACCAACCUCUUGGUGAAUUACGAGCAGCUGGAUAACAGUGAGAAUCUCCUGGCCGGGCAGGUCGUGCGGGUUUUGAGCGAUUCAACGGCUCCAGGCCAACCUGGGGUCCUCCAAGAUGCUGUCCUGCAGGUCACAGACGGGUCCUACCACAUCCGCGUGGUCAUUACGGCCGAAGCUCUGCAGACGGAGGAAAACAUCCACAUGCAGCUCAGGCUUUCCAGCCUUAUUUGCAGAAUUAUCGUCUUGCAGAAGUACACGGUGUGUUUCCGGGAGGAGGCCAGACUGGAGGACUGUGAGUUUUACGUCACGGCCCAGCAGUUCAUCGUGCUGCCCAUGGAGAGGCAGAGGAUAGAGUCAUCCGACGGGAACCAUGAGCCCUCUGUGCUGAAGAAGAUAAAGGAGCUCUGGCUGAAGAGUCUCGCUCUGAAGAACGCUCCCAACUCAGAGCCAUCCAUCUCUCAGCUGAUUGAUGCUAUAGGACAGAACCAGCUGGAGGUUUUGAAGGAAAAUGCUGAGGAAUGCUUGGAUUUACGGAUGCCCAAGGAGAUGUCAGCGACGGUGAAGGACAAGGUUCCCAUCACCCAGUGGGAGGCACAGUGCAAGGAAGAGCGGGGUGAGGACGUCUUCAUGGUCCCGGCCCACACCCUGGUCAUCCCUCCUGAGGAGGAGACAGUUGCUUCUGAGGCUUCUAAGGCAGACACAAGCGAAGCAACUGCGGGGAAGAGCGACGAUGGCAGGACAGUGCCAGGCAGCCUGAGUAUCAUAUCCCAAGCCAGCUCCACCGAGUCAACAGCCUUGUCGGAGAGCUCGGGGGAAUCCCUGGAGAACCCCUGGAACAUGCUCCCCCUGAUAUCUUUGGCCCUGAACUCUUCAGACGAGACCUUUCCACAGGACCACUCACUGAAGACCCAGGAAGAUUUGGCUGCUGACAGCAACACCCCCGACUUGCUGGAACCGUGUAGCCAGGGCUCUCCCGAGGGCUUGCUGCCGGGAGAGCCGGUGCAGGCCUCCUCUCCCUCCCUGCUCUGCUUCUACGGCAACACCGGCCGGGUGGGCACCGGCACCACGUGGGCACCAUCAGCCGCGGAGGCGGCCUGCGAUGCCCCCUGCGCUGCUCAAGGCCCGCAGGCAUCGGGGGGCUCUCAGGCCACCCUGCCGUCCCUUUCGCCGGCUUCUCCCGUCUUGCCCAGCAGCCGCCUGCAACCCCUGCCUGAAGGGAUGCCUCACAGGGAGCAGGCGGACUCCAGCGGCACGGAUUUCCCACCACAUGCGUUGAAGCGUGGGCUGGCUUGUGCCAGGACCCGGGGAGGAGAUGCUGCGGGUGCCAAGAGGAAGCUGAUGGCGGGAGAUGACGGCCAGGCGCUGCUGGCCCUCGGUGGGCCGCAGCGUCCCCGCGGUGCCCCGCGGGGCAAGGGGAAGGAGAAGGGCAGGAGGCUGGAGCCCGUGAGCACACAGCGUGCAAAGAAGAGCAGAAAAGAGGCGGCAGGGCUGCGGCCUGGAAAGGAGCUCUCUGAGGAGAUGGAGGAGGAGGAGGAGGAGGAGCGGGCAGCCCCAGCGAGCAGCCCCAGCGCCAGGAUGGAGCAGCGCAGAGCUCUGCAACCGUAUGUGAAAGAGAAGCCGGUCCAGUACAGAUACGAGGCACCAAGCCCCGAGCUCUGCGAGCAGAUAAGAUCUGUCAGGAUCUCGAAGGCGAUGCUGAAGUGGGCGUGCUGGAUACUCGUGGACAGGGAGGGAGACUCCUGAGCCAAGCCCGUCCUUUAUCUUUUCACCAGUUCAGGCAAAACAAUUUAGGGCUGCCUGGGAAGAUGGGGGGGGGAUACCAGGACCCCUGUCCCCAAGGGGGCCAUUGAGUGGGUUGGCCUGGCCGCAGAGACCCCGGCUCCAGAGAUGCUGGGGACAUGACCUGUUGAAGGCCAGCACCCUCAGCGCUGACAGGGGACAAAAGCAUCCGUUCAGGGAUGCCUGUGCGUGAGCUGGCAUCCCUCUCCCACCUUUUCCUCCUUUCCAAACGCCUUGGCUCAGCGAGUGGGGACAAGAGGUGACACAAUGCCACCAUAGCAGGGGCAGAGGCCCCACAACUUGAUCCCUGCUCUGAAGGCAGCUCAGGCCUUUGGAUGUUUUACUGAUUGAUUUAGGUAGGGUCCUGCACUGUUCAUUACAAAAAAUAUCCUGCAGGGUUAUGCCGUAGAAAUUGAAAAUAAAAAUUGUAUAUUUUUUAAA